CCGCCCUCCAACUCAACAACGAUGAUGCCACGCCCAUGUACGGUAGGAGCCUGUGUUGUGAUCACGGUAGCGGCGGUCGUGGUGGGCGGCCUCGCUGGUCCAUCGCGCGCCCACACCUACGGCUCCGAAUGCGAGACGCUGCCCUCCACCAUGCCACGAAAUUCGACGGCGGACGCAGGACGCCUCGUCAGGACCUGGGAGGAGGACCUGGCCGUGAACAAGUGCAGAGGGCGCGCGUGCCGUGCCAAAGUGCAGCCCUCCGUCAACACUCCUUCGGGAUUCCUGAAGGACUGCCGUUGCUGCCGCGAGACCCACCUCCGCGCGCGCGACGUGGUGCUCACCCACUGCUACGACGGCGACGGCAACCGCAUCACUGGCGACAACGGCAAGCUCACCGUCAAGCUUCGCGAGCCAGCGGACUGCCAGUGCUUCAAGUGCGGGAAUUCGAUCCGAUAAGGAGGAGUUCGAUCCCCCUCCGAUGCCCGGAUGUCGUGUUGGAACUCCACUCGACGCGUGAUUGGCCGUUCGACUUCUGCUCUCGAUUGAUAACAUAGUUCUACCUCUGCGAUUUAUUUUUGAUCUUCAGUGAUAGAUAGAAUGACUUUUAAUCACGGCCGUUUAAUGAACAUAAUUAUAGUUACAACAGUGUUACGGGGCAAGUGUCCAAACUCUCAUUAGGCCUAUAAUUUAACAAGUGAUGAAUAGAGAUUUAUUCAUCUGUUUCCACCAUGGGGGGAAUUCCACUGAAAAUUUUCCAAAAGAAAAAAAGCCCUGCAAUGUCGAGAGCACUCAAAACAUUCACACAUAAUUUCACUGCUAUAUUCAUCCACAAGCUCACGUUUUACCCCUUUGUCAUUUAUGUCAAAUAAUACUCAUGAAAACACAUGUAUAUCAUAAACCAACCUUCCUUCCUUGUAAAACAUGUUUAUAUAAUGACCUAGUACUGUUUCUUAGGCUAGUCGAUGUAGCAUACUUGAAGAAAAGGAGGAAAAGGAGACAUCAAAGGAUCUGAAAGUGUGCGUGACGAGUUCCUUUCCACUUCGAUUUUAUUGCAUUUUUUCUACGUCUGGCAAAUUGUCUAUGGCUUACUUGUGCAUCUUGAAAUAAACUGUUAUCUAACAGGCAUGAUCAA